AUGUCUCCCCUCGCCAAACUCUAUCUCAUUGCCUGGGACCAGUUUGCUCGCGCCGCAAAGGUCCAAGGGUUGAAGAGUCGGGCGGCUUUCAAGCUGCUGCAGAUCAAUGAGCGAUACAGACUUUUCAAGCCUGGCAUGACUGUGGUGGAUCUGGGGUUUGCGCCGGGGAGUUGGAGUCAGAGAUCCGAGCCAGACGAGUUGGGUCCGAAUGCUGACACAUGUCUGCCUUUGGCACAGGUCGCCAUUGACCUGACAAAGCCUCGAGGCCGAGUGCUAGGUGUUGAUCUCCUUCCCGUCCAGCCGCCGAAGGGCGUGUCGACAAUCCAAGGCGACUUUUUGUCCCCAGACAUUCAAACCGAGAUAAAGUCCUUCCUGCGAAACCCCGACCGGGGCCGCCUACGGCAACCACUCACGCUAGGCUCGUCUGCAACUCCAGAAGGCGGGCUAGACCAAGCGGUGCUCGAGGAUGAGGCAACUGGCUAUCUCGAGCGCGAGAGCCACGAGAAGACGCUUGAGGAAGAAGAGCAAGAUCGACAACAUCUGGACAAGUCGGUCGACGUGGUGCUGAGCGACAUGUGUGAACCCUGGGACCCGCUUGAAGGGCUUUACAAGAAGAGCAUCAGUAACCCUUAUCGCAGGUUGAUGAACACGAGUGGAAAUGCCUUUCGCGAUCACGCCGGAAGUAUGGAUCUCUGCAGAGCCGCCCUGCGAUUCAGCUACGACACGCUCAAAGUCGGCGGACAUUUCGUGUGCAAGUUCUACCAGGGCGUCGAAGACAAGGCGCUGGAGAAGAGCCUCAAGGCCAUGUUCCACAAGGUCCAUCGCGAGAAACCUGAGAGCUCGCGGAGUGAAUCCCGCGAGGCGUAUUUCGUGGGCAUCAAGCGGUUGGCAAAGGCUGAUCGGGACGCGGUGUUUGCCGAGCCGUGA